UUGUAGCGAAGGUAACGCAAGUAUCAGUGCAAAUUGUUCGACAGUAAUAAAGGACGACAUCUCAAACAUGAUAGAAGACGGUGCGAGAAGGACUUACAAACGGGACCCCGCCCACAGGGUCUUCGUAAAUCGUAAUCUUCGAAUGGAGAAAAUCCGAUUUUUCGGUUUCGAUAUGGAUUAUACAUUGGCGGUCUACAGAUCACCAGAUCUAGAAAUUGUAACAUUUGAUAUGGUAGUGGAGCGUAUGAUAAGUCUAGGAUAUCCGGAAGAAUUGCGAUCAUUCAAAUACAAAGCUUUAUUUCCUGUACGAGGCCUUUGGUUCGACUAUGUUUAUGGGAAUUUGUUGAAAGUAGAUGGUUUUGGAAACAUUCUUGUUGGUGUUCAUGGCUUUCAUUACAUGAAGCCUUCUGAAAUUGAAGAGCUAUAUCCGAAUAAAUUUUUGCAUCUCUCCGAAAAUCGAGUUUAUGUACUGAACACCUUAUUCAACCUUCCCGAAACUUAUCUGGUUGCAUGCAUCAUCGAUUUUUUCGACAACAAUCACAAUUAUGCACCCACUGAAGAUCGUACAGGGAUAAAAAGUGGUGAUGUUUAUAUGUCAUAUCGUUCUAUAUUCCAAGAUAUACGUAGUUCGGUCGAUUGGGUGCAUUUCGAGAGCAAUAUGAAACAAAUUAUAUUGGAUAAUAAAGAAAAAUACAUUAUCAAGGAUGAACGUUUGAAACAGUUGCUGUUGCAAAUUCAUGAGAGUGGGAAAGAAUCUUUUCUUCUUACAAACAGUGACUAUUCAUAUACAAAUGGAGUAAUGGAAUACCUAUUAGGAGCGGACUGGACUUCGUAUUUCAAUAUCACCAUUGUUGAUGCUAAAAAGCCAAAGUGGUUUGCUGAAGGUACUGUAUUCCGUCAGGUUAACACCAAAACCAGUGCGCUGAAAAUUGGUACUCAUGUGGGUCCACUUGAACAAGGCCAAGUUUACGCCGGAGGUUCAUGUGAUGCAUUCAGAAGGUUGGUAAAAGCUCGCGGUAAAGAUGUUUUAUAUAUAGGCGAUCAUAUUUUCGGUGAUGUUUUAAGGUCGAAAAAGGCUAGGGGAUGGCGAACUUUCCUCGUUGUUCCCGAACUAGCUCACGAACUGACAGUGUGGACCGAACGCAAGCCGCUAUUUGAAAAACUGACACUGCUGGAUUCGGAACUGGCGGAUGCAUAUAAAAAUCUAGACAGUAAUUCGAAGGAAAAACCAUCAAUUGUACACAUUGUUGAUGCAAUAACGUUGCUUACACACGAAAUGGAUAACGAGUAUGGCAUGUUAGGUUCUGUUUUUCGCAGUGGCUCUCGGACUACAUUUUUUGCUUCACAAUUCAUUAUCCGCUUUUUAUUCUUCCGCGCACCAAUGACACUGAUGCCUCAUGAAUCCACUGUUGACCACGCAUCUGUCUUGACGCCAACAAAUCAUAUCAUACAGAAAGUUUCCGUCGGCAGUGAAGUUCGUGUUCUUAAAAUGGAUGAAACACCAUUUUGCCACGAAGAAGAAGAAGAGGAAGCUUCGAAUAGUGAUGUGGAAUUAGAUGUUGGGAAAACGGAUAGUUUGAGCGAAGAAUUAACAGGUCAGCAGUUGAAUAGUUUGGAUGUUAUUGGUAUUCCACCUGGACAUGUGGACGAUAUAUCAGAACAGAAAUAG